CAAGGAGUAGUUUUAUUUUCGUUUGUUUUGUUCUGUCUUGGGCUUGCCAAAUACGGAGUAUGUAAAUUAUUUAUGAUUUUGAUUAUAAAAGUUGUGGUAUUUUUUUUCCUUGCAAAUCUUUUUUAUUAUCAAUACCGUAGGACUAUUAUUUAAUUUAAUAAUAUUAAUAUUACUUACCGUUUAAAAAAAAAAUUCAAGCUUAUUGAGUUUAGGCUACUCUGAUAAUCCCCGUUUGGUAUAUGAGGUAUUGAAGAAAGGGAUAGAGAAUGAGUUAAGUUAAAAUAUUGUCAUAAAAAAGGAAAGAAGAGAAACGGAUGAGCGCAGCCCUGCUUGUCUCUUUCUGAGUUUCCCAUUGAAGCGCAACUCCACCUUCUCCAUUGAUGCAGCUUUCUGAAGUACAAGAGCUAUUAUUAUAUUGGGGGUUGAACAAAGAGGGAACUGUAAAUAUCCUGGGAAAAACCAGCUGAUUUCGUUUUCUAUAGGGAAAUGAUCACAGUGUAGCCUCUUUGCCAGAUUGCUCAAGCCUGGUUUGGAGGUACAAUGAAGGCUCAACUUUGCAUGUUUAGAACUCUGUUCACUGUUCAGAGUAUUAAAUUUGAUUUCUGUAAUUAUUUUCGUAAUACAAGUCCUUGCGUAAAGGCUGGUUUUUUCUCGACUACAACUAAAAGUUCGAGCAGAUCAUCUCCACUUGUAGGUGAAGGUGUGCAGGAAGUAAUAACGUUUGUACAGUUCCCAAAAUGCGCUACUGAAGUUUUGAGGAACUAUGGUUGUAGUGAAAGCCAGAUAAGUACUAUUUUCUCCCGGCAGCCUUCAUUACGCAAUGCUAUUCCCUCUUUACUUGAAUCUAAGCUUUACUUGCUUCGUAAAUUGGGUGUCUCAUCCUCUGAGCUUGUCUCUAUGGUCCACUGUCGUCCGCGCCUUCUGAGAUGCCAAAUUAACCGGCGCUUUGAUGAACGUCUAAAUGAUCUACUAUCUCUAUUUGAGUCACGGGCUCUUUGUGUUAGAGCUAUCAUUAGGAAUCCCUCACUUCUGAUCUACGACUUUCAUAAGACAGUCAUACCUACAUUUUCAGUGUAUGAGAAAAUGGGUCUCAGUAAAAGCGAAGUGAUUUCCAUGCUCUUGCUUAGGCCUACGUUAACUCAGAGAACCAAUAUGAGCCCAGAGAAACUAGAUUACAUACGUAGGACUGGAAUCUGCAGUGAUUCAAAAAUGUACAAGUAUGUGGUCACAAUAAUUGGUGUAUCACGCUUCGAGACUAUCCGUGAAAAGGUUGCAAAUCUUGAGAAGUAUGGUUUCUCAGAGGAUGAGGUACUGGCAUUUAUUGGUCGACAGCCAUUAUUGAUGACUCUUUCAGUGGAAAAAGUUCGACGACAUAUGACUUUUAUAAUGGGUACUAUGAAGUUGCCACAGAGCAUUAUUUGUCGUUAUCCAUUUCUGUUGUUCUGUAGUUUGGAAACAAUACUGAGGCCCCGGGUGCUCUUGGUUAGUAAAAUGCGAGAAAUGGGUCUCGGUCCACAAGUAAAUCAAGCUGUAAUGAUAACGGCAUUGAGGAUGUCUGAAAAGAGGUUCUUGAAGAAGUUUGUUGGAUGCCAAGAGGAGGAAGUCAGAAAAGAGUUAUUGUUGUAUUAUGGAGCUUCAAAAGGCAUCAAGCGGUUGGCAGAAUCAUCAAAGAAGACUUCUUAUACCUCUGGGUUUCCCUUCUGAAGGCGACUCUCAGAUCUUUUUUUGGAUACAUCAAAUUACAGUUUUGGUAGGUUAAUUGUAUUGUAAUAAUUUGAUUUAUCCAAUUUCAUAACAAAAGAAACUAUGUGGUGCAUAGUCCCUUCAUUGCUUGUCUUGUUUUCAUCAAGAAUGUUUUAGCUUCAUCAAUACCUACUAAGCUGCUACCUCUUAAUUAUGGAGGUGCUGGUACUGUGGCUGAUGAUUGAAAACAUACGAAACAUUGUAAUUUCUACUCACUUGUGCAAGCUUAUGAGCAAACCAGUUAAAACCAAUGUAAUGCAGGCAAAAAAUAAUUUGGAAAUUAAAUUAUACUGUAGUGUAAUGACUACCCAACAAAUUUUUUGUAAGAA